GUGCGCCUUGACCGCGUUCUGUCUGUCAUCUGACUCUUUUCCUGUUGGGAGCAGAAGAAAAAAAGUUUUGAAACCCCACCCUCUCCGCACGGACGUAGAAGUGGUUCGAGGACCUGACGAGUGAACGCUGACCGAGGAAGAGAAAGGGGGAAGCCGAAAAGUUAUGAUGGAGUUGUUGCGCCGUUUGGACACGGACGGUACCGACAGGAGCCCCGAGCUGGAGCAGGCCACGCGUUGAACUCCGACCAGGAACUAACUAGAUAACUAACGGGAAUUUGUUUUCAGUCCGUGUUUCAGGUCUGGAGUGCUCUUCCUGUUGUUAUUCCAUGAGUUGAUUUUUAUUUCUUUAAAUGAUAAAGUUUGGCUCAUUGCGUGCGCCUCGUUAACUCCGGAGCAUGGAUACGCUGGCGCAGCGGGAUGCGGGAUUUCCUGCGGGAGCGCCGCAGUGCUGCGGUCAGACGCGGUUAUUGGAGAUUCGGGCUCAAUAAUGCGAACUGGUCAGCGCCGAAACUUGUCGUAAAACACUGGUUGGCUGGACUGAAUGCUCCUUUCCUGCUAUUCUUCUCCGCUCCUCGGCGCUUCCUGCUUGUGGUGGCCACUGCACUUAAUGGCUAAAAAUACAUAAAACCUGAAAAUGGACAGCUAAAGUGUGUGGGAACCUGAUUUUACAGUUGCAAAAGGAGCGCUUAGUGUUUUUUUAUUUUAUUUUUUAUGUGUGUUCUUCAUUAUUGUCCUCAGCCUUAACAAUCAGAACUCAACAGGUGGCAGCUUUUGAAUGAAAGGAGGGAAAGAAGAACUAAUUGGGCCAUAAUGAGGCAAUUCAAGAGCCUCUUAAAUACAGGCCGGUGAGAUGAUAUUGUGCUCGAACCAUGUGUUGGCAAACCACGCACCGCAUCACUUGAAGAGAGAGAAAUUCAGUGGAGACGUUGCCGUCUGUCUGAGCCCUGAAACUCUUGGCCUCAAUUAAACAACAAAGCCGUCUUUCGACUGGAAUCCCUGAAAUGGAGAGGUUUGAGUUUUCACGUCAAGACGAAUGAGAGACACUUGCCGUUCGGUCGUCUUUGAAUCCUCUCCUGCAGCCUCACUUGUUGGUCCAACUUUUGAACACAUUUCACUGGUCCCUGAUGAGCCUACAAGAAAGACAGGAAAGGGAGCGAGGCGCAAUAAAGUACUCCUUUGUACUUUAUUUUCAAACCCUUGGGGUGCAAAAUCAGAUCCAGUCAAAACAUCUGCGUGAGGCUCCAUGGAGCCGCUGAAGAACAUAUUCAGUCGCGGCCCACUGUCGAACUGGAAGAAUUUGGAUCAAUCGCAAAAAGGGAACUUCACCAACCCCGUGUGGACGGCCUUGUUCGACUAUGAGGCGUCCUGUAAGGAUGAGCUCACCUUGCGCAAAGGCGACCUCGUGGAAGUCCUCUCUCUGGACUCUGAGAUAUCAGGGGAUGAGGGCUGGUGGGCGGGAAAGGUCAACAACAAAGUGGGAAUCUUCCCCUCCAACUAUGGCUCCUUCAAGCCGAGUGGAUACGCCAAGCUUCCGGGCAGCGCCGUGGUCGGCGAGCUCAGCCCGGCCGUGGUGGGUGAGUUCGAACCCGAGGACGUGGAUUUCCGGGAGCUCAGCCUCGAGGAGGUCAUCGGGGUCGGCGGCUUCGGGAAAGUGUAUCGCGGUACAUGGAGAGGCGGGCUGGUGGCGGUGAAGGCCGCCCGCCAGGACCCGGACGAGGACAUCAGCGUGACGGCGCAGAACGUGAGGCAGGAGGCCCGUCUGUUCGCCAUGCUCACCCACCCCAACAUCAUCGCCCUGAAGGGCGUCUGCCUGCAGGAGCCCAACCUGUGCCUGAUCAUGGAGUACGCCUCGGGCGGGCCGCUGAGCCGGGCGCUGGCGGGCCGCCGCAUCCCGCCGCACGUCCUGGUCAACUGGGCCGUGCAGAUUGCCAGAGGGAUGUUGUACCUGCACAGCGAGGCCAUCGUCCCCGUCAUCCACCGAGAUCUCAAGUCUAACAACAUCCUUCUGGCCCAGCCCAUAGAGAAUGAAUGCAUGGAGGGUCUGACGUUGAAGAUCACGGAUUUCGGCCUGGCCAGGGAGUGGCACAAGACCACGAAGAUGAGCACGGCGGGCACCUACGCCUGGAUGGCCCCGGAGGUCAUCAAGUCCUCCACCUUCUCCAAGGGCAGCGAUGUCUGGAGCUACGGCGUCCUGCUCUGGGAGCUGCUAACGGGAGAGGCCCCCUACAGAGGGAUCGAUGGACUCGCCGUCGCCUACGGAGUCGCCGUCAACAAGCUCACCCUGCCCAUCCCUUCCACCUGCCCCGAACCCUUUGCACAGCUCAUGUCAGAGUGCUGGGACCAGGACCCCCACCGUAGACCCAACUUCUGCUCCAUUCUGGACCAGCUGACGGCCCUGGAGCAGCAGGUGAAGGAAGAGAUGCCGCAGGACUCCUUCCACUCCCUGCAGGAGGACUGGAAACUGGAGAUCCAGGACAUGUUUGAUGAACUCCGGGCCAAAGAGAAGGAGCUGCGAUGCCGCGAGGAGGAGCUGAAGCGAGCGGCCCUGGAGCAGAAGUCCCACGAGGAGUUCCUGCGUCAGCGCGAGCAGCAGCUGGCCCAGUGGGAGCAGGACGUGUUCGAGCGCGAGCUCAGCCUCCUCAUCCUCCACCUGAACCAGAACCAGGAGAAGCCCAACGUCAAGAAGAGGAAGGGCACGUUCAAGAAGCACAAGCUCAAGAGCAAGAACGGCGAGAAGAUCAGCCUGCCCCAAGAUUUCAUCCAUAAAAUCACGGUGCAGGCGUCCCCCGGUCUGGAGAAGAGGCGGAACUCUCCCGACUUGGGUUCGGGCUCCUCGCCUUCCUUCGGCCCGCGAUUCCGUGCGAUCCAACUCAGUCCCAGUGACAGCAGGACGUUUGGUCUGAGUCCAGUCCGGACCCUGGAUGCCCCUUCUCUUAAACAAGCCAAUGGAGACUUGAGGUUGAGCUCACAUUGGAGGCCCCAGAGCCCAAAAAGUCCAAAAAGCCCCAAAGUCCUGCGCCUCAGUCCCCAGGAAAACAGUCUGUCAAUGAGAGCCAAGCUCCUGGAGUCAGACAGCAACGAGAACGGAGAGUCCAAGGACGACUUUGAGGAGUACCGACCCUCCACGCCCAACCACCCCCCAGCUCUGAACGGCUCCUCGGUGAAGGACAGCCUAAGGCUUCCCAUUCCUCAGGGAGACUCGGGCAGCGAGGAAGGGGGUUCCUCCCCGGCUGGCUCCCCCAGGCCUGAGAGGGGUUCUCUCGGUGGCCUGGUUAAAAGCACCCACCGGGCCCUGCUGGGCAGUGGCUCCCUCCUAGCCUCCAUAGGACUCGGUCGCUGCCUGGAUGCUCCCCCAAGGGUGCCACCUCGAACUAACCCUUCUUCCCUAGAAGACUGCACCCACUGCGAACUUGAGAUCUCCCUCCCCAGGCCCCUCAUUUCAGACCCCCCAGUAGUGGAUGAUCUCAUUACCUUCUCCACCUCUGAGCCGCUCCCCAAACCGCUCUGGGAUUUAGCCCUGCAGUACCAAGAACUAAAGCCCCUGCCCUUGACGCCGCCUCCGCCGAACCCUCGCGAGCGGAGUGGCCACCGGACGCCGCAAACGCCGCAAACGCCGCAAACGCCACAGACGCCUCACAGCCCUCAAAGCCCUCAAAGCCCCGGGACGCCCUCGCACCACGACAGGGCCCCGCAGGCCGAAUGGACCUCCAGCUCCAACUCCAGCAACGGGGAGCUGAGCUGCGAGACCUGGGAGCACAGGGCCGAGAGGAGGAGGAGGUCCAGCCAAGGUCUGAACGCUUCUCAGCUAGUUCUGGACCUGCCAUUGUGCCAAGACACCCAGGACUCUGAGGACAAGCCUUCAGUUCCCUACGCUCUCCACCCCAACCCCGCCCUCUGGAGCCCCAAAACCCGGCGCCUGGAGGUCAGCGUCAUCCCCCGGCCCCGCCCGUCCCCCAUCCGCCCUCGCAUCGACCCCUGGAGCUUCAUCUCGGCUGGCGGCGGGAACUCGGCGGGCGGCCGCAGCCCGCACCGCUCGGAGAGCAACAUCCUCGGCUACCAGCCCUCGCCUACCAACCCCUUCACCAACUGUGACCCUUUCCCCUCCCCGGACUGCGACCCCUUCGCCCUCAAGGCCGACCCCUCGAACACUUCGGACACGGCCUCCCCCUUCGACCCCUUCUCCACUCCCUUCCCGACCUCCCGCUCCGCCCCGUGCUCCACCAACGGCUCCCCCACGCUGCCCUCGUUCCGCAUAGCGCCCAUCAACCCGGCCGACUCGCCCCUCAUCGACUUCGGCUGGGCGGCCUGCGGCAAGCCCCUGGACGGCACCAAAGAGAGGGCUCACCCACGCAGGAUACUGGGGCUGAAGCCCUUCAAAUCCCCGACGCAACUCAGAGACGAUAGGUUCUAAAUCCACUUCUCAUUACUGGGUGCUGAGAAACUGCAGUUUUCUACGACAGGAACACAAUCCAGGACCAUUUCCACUACUAUGUCCAACAUCUGAAUGAGGAUUUGGAGUAAAAAAACAAAACAAAAAACAAACAAAAAAACUAAACGCACACUCGUCACUCCAACCAUUUUGGGGAGGUCUCGGCCGUGGGAACACCAGCAGUCGCAGGUCUUAUUUAUAUGCUGCCCUGCUGCUUUGGAAUCCAGAAAGAAGCCAGUGAAAGGUGGUACACUGAACAGUGGGAUAGAUGCCUGGUGCCCAUUUCAUCCUUCCUCUCUAUCUCUGCUUCUUUCUCCCUUUUUGAAGGAGCAGAAUACAGAUCACUAGUCCCAUCUUGAGAUUCUAUCAGACUGCUCGUAUUACCUGCUUUCAUCCCCCCCCCCACUCCCCUCGCCUCCCCUCCCCUCCCCUACCUUUGAAGCAUUGUGACAAUGCAGAGGUGGAUAAGGCGACUUGCACAGCUUCAUCUGCCUCUACCUCUCUGCAGACUGAAAGCAUUCAGGACAAUGGAAAAAAAAAAAAAAGAAAAAAAAAUUGGAGUGCCUUAUUUCGUGAAGUGUUUUUAAUAUAUAUCUUUUCAAGGUUCCUUGAAUGGUUAAUCUGGUGCGUAGGGAAGACGCUAUGAAUUCGGCUUAAAAUCAGCUUAGCACUGCUGCGUGAGAAAACGUCGUCCGCGUGUUCGUCUAGACUCAUUGUUCAAGGAAAGCUUGCGUUUUGUUUGUUGUUGUUGUGUUUUUUUUUUUUUUUCUUUGACUGCGUCCGCCUGUUGCAUUAUGGGAGAAAAGCACUCGGGGUGGGGGGGUAGGGGGGAUACACACUAGGCCGCUCACGAAAUCCGAAACCGUGACCCAGGCAUUCCACUUUGAAGCAGAUAACAUUCCAGUCACAUUCCCCGGGAAAUGCCAGGGAUUUGGACAGAUUCGCCGGGGCUGGCUUGCUGGCUGGCAGGCGGGCGGGCGGGCGGGCGGGCGGCUCGGCACAGGAAACGAGACCGGUGGUGGGGGGGGGGUACCCCUCUGCAUUCCCUUCAUAUGCCAAAGAAUGCCACUGUGACGGUGUGAGGGCCGGGACAAAGGCUGUUUGCAAAUAAGUCGUUUUUAAACCUCCGCAGAGAGAGAGCCAGCCGCGGUCGGAGGAAGGAGUUUGCACACAGCACUGCACAGAGAUAAUUGGAACAGUCACGGAUAGUCUUCAAAACUUAAAUAUCCUUUUUUUUUUUUUUUUUAAAUGUGCUCAUACACUCCUACCACCAUCCUUCACAGGCUUUCAGACAGAAAACAGAAACAAAAAACUACAAAACCCAGGCAUGGAAGCUUUCACUUUUUUUCACCACUGGUAUCUCGUUCACCACUAUCACUAUCAAACUGUUAUAUUUCAUGUUUUAUUUAUUUCCUCCUGAACAGUGCGUCAGAUUUAGUAUUUAAAUUAAAGACAGAAAAGCCUUAUAUGAAAUUAUAUGGGUCACUAUAUAAUUGUGGCACUUGUUAAGUUUAACGUAUCAUAGUUGAUCACAGUUUGGCUGUUUUCAGGCCUAAAAUCAACAUGGCCGCCUAUAACCAAUCACCACAUGGCAUUUUAUACAAUUGAGUAGAUUCAAAUUGAAAAUUACUUAUAAAUAUAUUGUAGUAAUUGAUAGAAAGUCCCUCAAUUAUAUAUUGACCCAUAUGAGUCAGUUCAUGGGAUCUAUAGUCAGGGGAGUCUUAGUUUAGCUUAGUUUAUCUUAGCUUAGCAUAAAGUAAUCUGAAACUGAAGGGUCACCAACUGACAUCUGUUUUUAUUUAAUCAACACUCCCACGCUGAGCUUCACCUUCACCCGUACUGUAUGUGGUGUUUACGUUCUCAUCCAAUAACUGUAAAAGAAAUAAUUUCAGUCCCCAAAACUUUUAAAAUAACAGUAAAAUCUCAAUAAUCCGCUGAUUUAGCACAUGUUUUAGUAAGUGAAUAGAACUUUUGUUUUUCUUUGCUACAAAGACCCGAUGGGCUCCUGUGGAAUAAACUGUGAUGCUGUGAUGAGAUGUUUUCCAGACGCGCAAAGCAGCACGGCAGCCGCAAAACCGAGAAACUCGACAAUUAUCACUGAUCGGUCAUCAUGCUAAAACGUUCCCGACACUUUCUCAGGGUUUGUUUAUUUAUUUAUUUUUUUAUUAAUGGCAGUCAGCAGGUCCCAAAGGGAGCAGUCUGAAAGAGACCCACUUUACCCUUCGUCAGACAUUGCAGAGCGCGAAUACCGAUCGGCUCCAUCGCUGACACCGUGUCAUUGGAGGACAAUAACGUCGUCUCCGAAGGGGGAAAAGCUUUAGAUUAGCCUAAUAAUCCUACUGAGGAACAGAGGAGGCUGAUAGCGAUAAUUAGCCUCUUGAUAAGAGCAGAGAGCAUUAACACAAAAGGUUCAGAUGUUUUGCUUAAUUAAUUUGCCCAGACGUUACCAAAAAUGUACACUUGUAAAGACGGGCUGAUGUGUCUCGCCUCCUGUUUCUGCUCCUCGUGUCUGUGUCGCCACCGGCUACAGUUUCCAACCUCUUCUUCACCUUCAUUGUUGAGGUUCAUCUGUUCCCGCGUCCUUACCCCGAGGCUGAUGAGAUAGCCCCCCCCCCCCCCUCACACCGCCCCCUCCCGACCAAUUUCUUUUCCUUUCUUUCUUACCUCGUACUCUGUAAAAAGUUUUACUUGAGGGCAGUUCUGUCCUGACUGACAACCGCGGGCAGAGCGUUUGGUUUCGGCGGCAGCGAGGUUGUUUUGCGAGGCAGUCCAUUUACAGGAGAGGGGGGGCUUUUUACACAGGUAAUUUAGUCCGGAGUUGAAACGGGAGCUUUUUUGUGCGUCGGUUUGUCAUCUUCUUGGCUUCCGAGUCGUAUUCAACGGUAAUAAAUCCUCCUUCCCACGUACAUGUGUGGAUACACCGAUCAGGCAUAACAUUAUGACCAUCUAUCAAAUAUUAGGUUGAUUGGACGUUUGGACACGGCUUUUCAUUCACUGAUUUUUUUCUACGUUGUAGAGGAGAAUCUUUUGAACCAGAAUACACCACUUAAACAGGCAUAACAUUAUGACCACCUUCUUAAUAUUGUGUAGUUUUCCCUUGUGCCUCCAAAACAGUUAUCAGAGAAUGGACAUGGGCCUUCUGAGGGCGUCCUUUGGCGUCCAACAACACGUUAUGUCCGUGAAGGUCCUCAGUCAUCCAGGUCAUGGUACAUUGUGUGCUGCUGGGGUCCCAGCAUAACACUGAAUUGUCACAAGAUGGUCAAUAUUACUCACGUCUCUUAGUGGUUUUAAUGUUGUGGCUGAUCGGUGUAUGUGUCGAGCGACCGCAUCUGAACGCUUAUAUUUUUAUUUUUUUUUUGGGGGGGGGGCUGCUCUCAGUUCAACAAGGGGUGAAUGUGUUUGGUUGACAAGUGUUUAAACGCAUUUUGACUCUCGUGUGCAGUUUUGAAAUUUUUGACAUACUUCUGUCAAGAAUGAAAUGGGGUGGGAGGGUGGAGGGGGGGCGACGUCAUAGUUCAAACACCCCCGGCCGACACACCUCUGCAAAUCGGCCAAUUGUCAGAAGGAUCUGACAGUGUUACCCGAACACAUGAGCUGACGGUCUGAAGCCUGACGUCUGGUCAAAUUGAACCACUCAACCAGCCGUUGGUAUUUCUCAAUCUCUCUGCGGCCUCCCCCCGCUCGGGCCCUCCCCGCCGACAUUUCUACUGACGUGACAAAGUGAUGAGUUAUUGCCUUGUCUCUUCGUGUCAACGCGGCGAGCCACAAGAGCCGUCCUCUGAUAGACAUUACGCUUGGGUGGCUGUUAUUGUCAACAGAGCUCUGUGAGCGGGGGAAAAAAAUAAAAAUAAAAGAACAGAUACAUGAAGGGAAUUGAGAUGAUUGAAACGCUCGGCAGAUUAUUUCUGUCACAAAUUUCUGCUUGUGUGUCAAGUAUCCUCUUCUGCCUGCCACUCACGUCUCCGUCUGUGUGUUCGCUCUGUGCUAGGCUUUGAUUUCCCCUUCGGACGGUUGAUGCCGGAAAGCGCGUUUAGAAACUGAUGACUUUAAAUAUUACUUGCUAUGACAGGAGUCGGUGGGAUUUUCAAAAAUUAUCGCCACCUGUAGUCAAAAGUGGUUGUGACUUGGAACGUGGAAGAGGCUCCUGAUCCACACCUGAAUCAGACAAAUACAAUAACCCCUAACCCUUAGCGGAAGGGAUGAACAUUCCUCAUUUCUGGAAGACUUUUGAGGACAGGGACGUCCAAUCCUUGGGUUUUGCCUGUCAGCUUCAAGAACAAUAGCUGCCACUUGUCUUCCACUGAGCUGACAGCCGGCACUCCAAUAAGAAAGUCCUGAUGAGCUGUUUGUGACGCUCUGCUCUUCCAGGCAGCGCCUCAUCCGUCACCGCAAAUCACCGUCCUGAGUGCAAACUGACAGGGAGAAUGGAAAUCUCUGCGGGCGAGACCGAUAUCUGGCCCCUGGCAAUCCACCCCUGUCGAGGAGCAGACUUGAUUUGAUGAUCUUAAUUCAAAGUUCUAGCUCCGACCAUUGGCCCUAAUCAGCGAACGGCAAAUGGUCAAUACAUUACAUGAAUGAAAUCUAAUCAGACGGCACAAUGGAGAAACCCAAGGCCGUGACCUCAUCAGGCCAAGACGCGAGUUGUGUCUUAAAAUUGUAGAGGGGAAAAAUGUGAGGCAUUAUCUUGUAUAAUAAUAAUUUAAAAAAAGUUAUUUAUUUACUGGCUUUGUGAGAGAGUAACAGUGAAUAGUCCCUGAACAGAGGAUAUGUUUACAUGUGCACUAAUUAUGUGAUUUAGCUUGAUUAAGCCAUUGAUUUGUAGCUGUAAUCAUAUAAAGUCGUGAAUGGGACUAAUUCUGUUUAGGGGCAUUCACUUACCUGUUAAUUAUUUUUUAAGGAAUAACAGUGGGGCCUCCGAGACCUUCCACAUCUGCAAUUAUUAAAAUUAGUGCAACCACCCAGCCCAAUGUCGGAUGUGAACUGCACCUUGACAAUUCUCGCCAGUACAAACAAACCAGACUGAUUCGCAAGAGUGUAAAAGGUUGAGAAGUCAAAAAACAACAAAAAAAAGGGGUUAGGGUGAACUGAAAGGAGCUUUAUUUGAACUUGGUUGCAAAAAGUAAAGACUUUUUUAUCUUUCUACACUUUGAGCUAACUUUGAGGCUAGCUAGCUAGCUAGAGAGCAGCUAUCCUUGAUGCUACGCUAAAGACAUUGAGCAGUGGCAAAUUUUAGUUUCCAGUGGAUACAUCAGCCUGAUUUGAUUCACUUUUAGAAAUGUGUCAGAACAGCUACAGGCGGAAAUGACACGAAUCAAGGAGCAUGUGUGCGACAUUAUGUCAGGAGAAAAGCUGAUUUCAGCCACAGCCUUCUGGGUAAAUUAACCGAGCUCUGGAAUCAAAACAUUUGAACCUUGGAUACAAAAGAAAACAAAAAAAAGGGGUCAGGGUGAACUGAAAGGAGCCUUAUUUGAUUCCUGUUCCUCCACUUGGUUGCAAAAAGUAAAGAUAAUCUUUCUGCACUUUGAGUUGACUUUGUGGCUUGCUAGCUAGCUAGUUAGCUAGAGAACAGCUAUCCUUGAUGCUACGCUAAAGACACUCAGCAGCAGCAGCAGCGAUUUAAGCUAACAUUAGCUACCAGCCUUUGGCAUUCAACCAAACCAAGCUUUAUUUUUCCUUUUACGUCCCCGUUUAACCUGACGACAUCGUGAUUUAUCCACGUACUGAGUUACGCUUUCACUCGUUUCAGAGCUUCAUAGUAGAAAUGUCCAGUUUGACUCAUGUUGAAUCUUUUACUUUCCAGUGGAUACAUCAGCCUGAUUUGAUUCACUUUUAGAAAUGUGUCAGAACAGCUACAGGGGGAAAUGACACGAAUCGAAGCGCUGUGUGCGACAAAAUUAUGCCAGGAGAAAAUCUUAUUUCAGCCACAGGCUUCUGGGUAAAUUAACCGAGCGGUGGAAUCAAAACAUUUGAACCUUGGAUACCCGUCAAAUCGUCUAAACGCCUGGAUGAAACUGAUUCCUCAAAGUAGCUGAGCUUCUGUGUGUAAACGUAGCUUAAUAAUCGCCAAGCCCAGCAGUCAGUUGAUGGUACGCCUCAAAGUGCUGCAGCUCCAGUUAAGGCUUUUUGAUUCUGCCCUUCAUGGUUAUGUAGAAAAUUAGGGAGCGGUUCAAUAAGGCUCGAUGAAAAAAAAAAAAACCCACUGAACAUGUGUCGUAUUUACUUUAUUGAUGAAAUUUUUACCUUGGAGGGUCAGUGAAGAGUAAAUUCUGAAACCACAAAAUAGAUGGCCUGGCAUUUCAGUGGCUCUCACCCCAUUUACCUUUGCUGCCUUGGCUUGCUCGUGUUCAAUUAAGUGGAUGUUACAAAUGUACCUGGUUUUCAGCCUCGUUUCAGUUGUCUCACAGCACGCUCGACUGCACCAGAGACACAUUAUUGCUCGUUCUGGCUUAUAUUAAACUGCAACACCUGCCCAGGCCUUUGUUUGGCCUUAAUAGGCCGAGACCGACUGAUCAAAUAUGACCUUUUGUCGUCCGUACAGGAAUUGCACGUCCCAGUAGGGACGCGGACAAAAGCCGUGUCCACAAGAGACGUGCCAGGUGCCCAAACUAAUGCCCAACCUCCGAAACUGUGAAUAUUAUUCCUAAUUCUUUUCAGUCUGUGCAUCCAAGGUCACCAUCUGCUGUCCUUUUUUUUUUUCCCCCCUCGCUAACAACAAAAAAACCGAACGAAUAGCAACCGUGAAAGGAGGACCAAUUCGCUUCCAAGACCACAGUGACGGCUCUUGUGGAAAACUGGCGCUCUGUUUAGAAAAUAAACAUGGAUUUUAUCUACGAGGUUAUUAAGUCCAAGGCCCACACACUCGCCCCCCCCUCCUCCCCGCACUCGACGGCACACAACAGCCCCGGUGAUUGUGAUUACUGUUCUGUCUAGCUAUUGACACUCAAUUACCUUGUGAUCUUCCUCCAAUAGAAACCGUUCGCUCUGUAUAUUUCUGUUUCUGGACCGCACAAUGAUACUGCACACCAAUUGGUUUCGCAAACAGCCCCUCAAAAUACAGAAAACGGCAAAAUGAUUUGGUGUUUGUGUGCUAAACGGUGUUUGCUGAUAACAAGAGUAGCUGAUAUAUGUGGCAUUUUCUUUCUUUACCGCGUGAUGUCUUACUACAAAUCAGGGUGCAUAAGCUAGGUCUACGUAUACAGCCUUAAUCGUAACAGGAAGCACAACCUACUUUGGGAUUAGAUGUGACUCAGUACUGCUGACAAUGGUUUAAACUCAAUUUGACUCAAACUUACCCCCAAAACUGUUAUUCCUGUUCUUAAUAAUGCUAAACUAUUAACACUACAUUUAAAAAAAAAAAAACAUAAUCUCUUGGCAUUAUUUAGAUUAGUCCUUUUUUUUUGGAGGUAAAAUUGAUCGUUGCUGUGCUAGCCCCAAAAACAGUGGUAGCUUUUAGUUGUUGUCCACAGCCUUGAAGAUCUGCCAAGAAAAAAAAACAUAAUUUUAAUUAGUUAAAACUACAUGGAUCUUGUUUGCUUACAGUGUAGCCCUCUGCGGAAAUGGCUAAAAGCUAACUCGGACAUGUUUUGGUGCUAGCCAACACCCCGAUUUAACCCAAAUAUGUCAUCCAGCUGUACAGCAGUAAAGUAUUUAACUCAAGCGCUGGGUCUGUUCUAAUAAAACCAAUCGUUCAUGGAUAUGUUUCCCCCGUAGGCGCUGACGAAACUUGAGAAGGUGCUGGAAACUCAAAGGGUUGUAGCUAGAACAGUGGCAAACGGCUUUUGAAAGCAGCAACAGCAGCAUGUGUCCUACUUUUUGUAACAAAUCAGUGUUUCUGAAUGCCCGAGUGACCAAACUGGUUAAACCAUCUUCAGACAGAUACAUUUUGCGGAGGAAAGUAUUCGACUUGAGGCUCGCGGGGGUGUGGGUGGGGGGUGGUGGGUAUUUUCACAGUAGGUGGUCUCUUUCAGGUGCUCAUGGCUGGGCUUAAAUGACUGAACUCUAAAUGAUCCACAGAGGCAAUUUGAAACGGUUUGGAUGGUACAAAUCCACUGCUCGGUGACCAAAUCUCUUCCACUCACAGCAUCUCAGUACUGUAAAGGCCUCUUUCUUUCUGACAGCUUCCUGCCAGCCGGUUAAGGUCAUACAGAAAACUAUACAGAAAUGGGGAGGGUAGGGGAGGAUAUUUAUAAGUGGCCAUCUUUUUUACACACUGGAUUGUUUUUCUUUGCGAGAUGGCCAUGGACGCAGUCUACUUUAGGAUGAUGGAUUGAUUGCUUCACAUGAACAAAACCUUUUUUUUUUCUUUUUUUUAAUUGUUAUUAUUUUUAAGGUUUUCACUGGAGUAUUUAAGAUGCUUGUAUGGGUGCUUCACCUAAGGAUGAUGUAACAUUCCAGUUUUCCCAAUUCGACUCUUUCCAAAUAAACUCUCGGCUGCAAGCUUCUCGUAUUUGUGGGAAGCAGAAUUUUCCCGGUAGAGCUCGGCCUCCAGCUCCAUGCGGCAAAACCCAGAAAAGUGCAGCCUUAAAUGUCCCCUUGAGGCACCCAUACUGAUUUUUUAAAAUUUUUUUUAUGUGCAUAAAACUGCUCGAUUGGAGGCGAGGUGUUUGUUAACUACCUUAAGUUAGCAGACAAGGUCCUCCUCUCCGUCUCUGUAUCUAUUUGCUUUUCAUUGUAAUUGUUCCAGAUUCGUUUUCCCUCUCUGUUCUAUGUUUUAUUACAACCUCGGCAAUGUGAUAACACCAAUUGUUGCAUUGCCCUCCCCCCGGCAGCCGUUUUGACAUCUCUCUCAGAGCUGUCUCUGCUCAUGCGAGUUGGAGGUUAUUGCGUUCCUCUGGCUUUCUUUCUUUUUUUUUUUUUUUUUUUUUUUUUUCUUGGAAAUUGUUGCGUUUUUUGUGAAAUCUCGCACUGGGCUGGGCCUAAUCAACUGUUUUUAUUGUACGUUGAGAGGAUUAUUUCUGUAUACAGUAUGUGAAAAUAAAAAGCGUUUUUAUUUCUCUUGACUAUUAUAAGGGGUUUUAACCUGUGGAAAAAAAAAAAGCUCAAAAAAGAGAUGAGACCAAAUAAAAUGUAACACUCCUGA